AUGUGUUCUGUGGAAUUUGUAUGUAAGCAUCUGGAAACUGCAGAACCUUGGCCUGAAAAUGCUACAUUAUAUCAGCAACUGAAAGAGGAGCAAAUUUUGCUUUCUGACAAUGCAGCUUCUCUUGCUGUGCAGGCCUUUUUGCAAAUGUGUAAUCUGCCUAUCAAAGUGGUUUGUAGGUCCAAUGCAGAAUAUAUGUCUCCAUCUGGUAAAGUACCUUUUAUUCAUGUGGGGAAUCAAGUUGUAUCAGAACUUGGUCCCAUAGUCCAGUUCGUUAAAGCCAAGGGCCAUUCGCUUAGUGAUGGGUUGGAUGAAGUCCAAAAAGCAGAAAUGAAAGCCUACAUGGAAUUAGUCAACAAUAUGCUGUUGACUGCAGAGCUGUAUCUUCAGUGGUGCGAUGAAGCUACGGUAGGGGAGAUUACUUAUGCUAGAUAUGGCUCUCCUUACCCUUGGCCUCUGAACCAUGUUUUGGCCUAUCAGAAACAGUGGGAAGUCAAACGUAAGAUGAAAGCUAUUGGAUGGGGUAACAAGACUCUGGACCAGGUCUUAGAAGACGUAGACCAGUGCUGUCAAGCUCUUUCUCAAAGACUGGGAACACAACCAUAUUUCUUCAAUAAGCAGCCUACUGAACUAGAUGCACUGGUAUUUGGGCAUUUGUAUACCAUUCUUACCACGCAGUUGACUAAUGAUGAACUUUCUGAGAAGGUGAAAAACUAUAGCAACCUCCUUGCUUUCUGUAGAAGAAUUGAACAGCAUUAUUUUGAAGAUCGAGGUAAAGGCAGUACAUCUAUCAGGUUAUCUUAGAGUUACUUGUUGAUUUAGUUGGUAUUAAAAAAUAAAAUCUGAUUUUUGAAAUACAUGUUAUUGGAAUGUGAUAAUACAUAAUGGAAUUGAAGGUUUAAAACCAAAAGCUUUACUUUGGAAACCUCAAAACAAAUUAUGUAAUGUAUUCUUUACAUGUACUUUCUACUGUUCUUCCUGUACACAUUAAAAUAAUUAUGAAUUAUUCUAAUUGAUGUAUUAUACUCUGUGUAUCUUGAAAUUUUUGUUUCGUUGAAACAUGUAUGCAUAUAAAAAAAUAAAGCUUAAAUAAUUGUAUGGAUGUGACAUUUACUUUCUUUUCUUUUGAAAUACACACGCUGAGCUUUAUACACGUGGAAUAUACAGUGUCUUUUCAAAG